AUGUCUGCGUCAGGGGCCACGACCGUGCAGCUGGUCACCAAGCUUGUAAAGCAUGCAGUGGGCAAGACUCAGAUUCACCUGAACCGCUGGCUGCAGAGGACCGCCACAGAUGACUGUGACAAACAUGACAUUCUGAUAUGCAGCGCCUUCGACCAGAGGGGAGCUGGUGUUGGGAAGCCAGAUGGGGACCCUGAGGUGAUCACUGACACUGGAGGGGCGACCUUCACUGGCAGCGGUGGAGAGUUCAGAAACCCCUGCUGCAUCACCACCUUCUGCUUCAAGAGCGCCCUGCUGGCAUGCAUCCUGACAGCUGUGUGCUUCUCCUCAGUUGCCCUUGUGCGACAGUACCUCAAGGACCUUCUGCUCUGGGUGGAGAGCCUGGACAGCUUGGUGGGAGCCAUGCUCUUUAUAGUUGGUUUGAUCAUCGUGUCAUUUCCAUGUGGAUGGGGAUAUAUUGUUCUCAACGUGGCAGCUGGCUAUCUCUACGGCUUUGUGCUGGGCAUGGGGCUUGUAAUGGUGGGAGUUUUAAUAGGGACUUUUGUGGCACACCUGGUAUGUAAAAGAUUAUUGAGUGACUGGGUGCUGAGCAAAGUUGGGAACAGUGACCAGCUCAGUGCUGUUAUACGAGUGGUGGAAGGAGGAAGUGGACUCAAAAUUGUGGCCUUAGCAAGACUUACCCCAAUACCAUUUGGGCUCCAAAAUGCAGUUUUUUCGAUCACAGAUGUGUCCUUGCCAAACUACCUGGUGGCCUCCUCUGUGGGUCUGUUGCCCACACAGCUUCUCAACUCCUACCUGGGCACCACGCUCCGCACCAUGGAGGACGUCAUUGCUGAGCAGAGCAUCAGCGGCUACUUUGUAUUCAGCCUGCAGAUCAUCAUCAGCAUCGGCCUGAUGUUCUACGUGGUCCACCGGGCUCAGGUCGAGCUGAACGCAGCCAUCGCUGCCUGCCAGAUGGAGCUGAAGUCGUCGCACAUGAACGGCUCCUCGGCCAAUCACGGCGGCUUCUCUUACUGCAACAAGAGGGCGGGCUCUGGCAGCGCCGCCUGCAUCAACGUGGUGUGA